CCGCUGCAUUUUCACCAUUUCACGCUGACUUGCGGAGCGAUUUGGUAAAUAUUGGUAAAACUGGUAAAUAAACAUUCAUCUUAGUAUUUCAUUAAUUCUUAUUCUCCAAUAAAAAUUGUGAGAUAUGCUUGGCAAAACGGAAAUAACAAGGAAAAUUCUUGCAAUUUUACAAAUUAAUUAAAGAGUUACCAAUUAAAAUCAAUCAUUUUUUCUCAGUGUGAACACAUUUCGGACCAGAAAAAUCAAGCAUGUUGAAGACUUCGAAGUAUUUGUGCAGAAUUUCUCCAAAUUACUUGAGAGUGGCCGGAAUGAGUCAAUUGGGUGAUUUGGGCAGUGGAGCUGGAAAAGGUGGCGGUGGCGGCGGAAGUAUCAGAGAAGCGGGAGGAUCUCUUGGGAAGAUGGAAGCUGCCAAGGAAGAAGAGUAUUUCUACAGAAAACAACGGGAACAGUUGCAAAAGGUCAAGGAGGCUCAGGUCAAAGAGGAAGGCCAUCGCGAUGGAAGUCCUGGCAAGACAUCCAAGUAGAGGAGGACUGAUGACAACCGUCACGCAAUCAUAGCAUUUUAGGAAAAUUGUAGGCUUUUCAUAUAUUUGCUAUUUUCUCCCAUAAAUUUCACACAUUUCACAAA